GUGUGUCCGCGUGCAAUAUCACCGACUCUUCAUUGCAAGAAUACUAGAACCAUGCGUCUUCGUUACUACCUCGACGCCGCCGGUACCUUGUGAACCCGCUCGUUCGCCCGAUUAUCUGCUCGGAGCUUUCGGAAGGAUUCGAGGACGAGUCGAAUUAGCGAAAUUGCCGAUCACCCAGAAUCGCGCCGAUUAUCCAAGAGCGGACAUGGCGUUUUCUGUGCUCCAGACGAAAAGCGAUGCUCACACGGAGGAGAUCUGGGCAUGCACCUGGGUCAGAUCAGUCAAAACGAAUGAGCACCUACUCAUCACCGGAAGUCUCGAUGAUUCGGUCAAAGUUUGGGUCUGGGACGAGGAUAGGCAACUAGAACUGAAACACACUCUCGAGGGUCAUUGUCUCGGAGUGAACUCAGUCACUGCUAACGCGGAGGGCACUCUUCUGGCAUCCAGCGCGUUGGACGCUACAGUGAAGUUUUGGGAUUUGGAGUCCGGCGAAGAGACGAAUGUUAUCGAGUCUAAUGAGCACCACGCUUGGAAAGUGGCUUUCUCGCCGGAUUCUCGGCUCAUCGCCGUGGGAACUCAGCAGAGGAAAGUCCAUCUCUUCGAAGUCGAGAGUCGGAAGAUGGUGGGGGACCUGGACACAACCGGGAAGUUCAUCAUGGCAUUGACCUUUUCCCCGAAUGGGAAAUAUCUGGCGACAGCGUCAAUCGAUGGACCUGUGAACAUAUACGACCUGCAAACAUCGGCACUUCUGACAACUCUGGAUGGCCACGCGAUGCCUGUUCGAGGCAUUGCUUUCUCUCCAGAUUCCUCGAUGCUCGUUACGGCUUCAGAUGAUAAACACAUCAAGAUCUAUGAAGUCCGCCGAUUGGAUCAGAGCACCGAUGUCCAUCUAGCAGCCACGCUCUACGGCCACGGCAGCUGGGUCGCGGACGUGAAGUUCGCACCCGACGGCAAACGGUUCGCCACAGGCUCCGCCGACAACACGGUUAAGGUUUGGGACAUCGGAGCGCGAGACUGCUUGCACACGUUUACCGCACACUCCCAACAAGUGACGGGGAUCGCUUACAGCCCCAACGGGAGCCGCCUCGCUUCCAUUUCGGAUGAUCGCAGCAUAAACAUCUACAACGUGCCUGUCUGAGACUUGUCGAUUCUCUCGCUUCUGCUCCCCGAUCCCACAGAGAAGUCAUGUCCAGUGUGGCGGAUGGAAUCGAGCGAUCCGGUUCGGGAGAAAUUCCGUUUAUCUACAUUCGUCGCCGUUUCGAAGGUCGGAAGCUGGCAACGAAUCCGGAUAGGAAUUUGUUUGUGGUCGAUCCCUGAGCUUCCCCUCGAACUUCCUCUAAUCUCUGAUCUCAUUUCAGGAGAGCGCGUGUACACCUUCAAGAUGACUGAUUUAGAGGGUAAACCCACGAAAAGUGCGCAUCCCGCAAGGUUCUCACCCGACGACAAGUACUCUGAACAACGAGUACUUUGCAAGAAGAGGUUUGGGCUCCUGCCGACUCAGCAGCCGGCCCCGAUCUAUUAGGUUAAUCUGCUGACGGGC